AUGCAGUACGAUCCUAAAACGCAAACCGGAGGACUUUUUGCCUCUUACAUCAAUUUAUUUCUCAAAAUUAAACAGGAAGCCAGUGGACGACCUUCCUGGGUCGAGUCCGAUGACGACCUUAAAAGGUAUGUGGAAAGUUACGAGCAAAGAGAAGGCAUCGUACUAAACCCAGAAAAGAUUGAACACAAUGCAGGUCUCCGAAGUCUAGCCAAACUUCUUCUAAAUAGUUUUUGGGGAAAAUUUGGACAGCGUCAGAAUCUGACAAAGACUCAGUUUGUUCACGAUAGCCAGGCACAUGUUCUUUAUCAACAGAUGGUUAACCCCGCUGUGGAGAUUGUGGAUUUUCAAAUUGUAAACGAGGAAAAUCUCAUGCUGUCCACAAAACGCCUUUCCGAGGAAUUGUGCUUACCUGGUCAUACCAAUCUGUUUCUGGCCUCAUUUACAACCUGCUGGGCUCGACUGAAAUUGUAUGAGUUGCUGGAUCAAUUACACUCUCGUGUGUUGUAUUGGGACACAGAUUCUGACAUUUUUACCUCAAAAGAAGGAGAUUGGGACCCCCCCCCCGUCGGCGAUUUUCUGGGUGAACUCACAAAUGAAUUAGACAAGGGAGAUUGGAUCACGGAAUUCGUGUGCAACGGACCAAAAAAUUACGCUUUUCAGACACAUGCGGGCAAACGGGUGUGUAAAGUCAAGGGAUUUUCCUUAAACUUUGAAAAUGCACAAAAAAUCAACCUGGAGAGUAUGCAUGACGCCAUGUUCAAUAGAGAAGAUCCGCACACAGGAGUAUAUCAUACCCUCAAUUCGAACAAAAUCUGUCGCGAGAAAGUACAUUCCGAACUGUACACUCGAGAAGAGAUCAAGCAAUAUUCAUCAGUGUAUACGAAACGAGUCGUUCAGGCGGACCUGACCACCUUGCCUUAUGGCUUUUGA